CAUCCAGUCCAUUACGGACACAGCCAUUCCACCAACCAACCAAGCCAAACGGUUUAUAGCCCCGCUCGGUUCAAGCCGGUACCGUACACCUCCAGAGUAGCUUACCCCAACCAAAUCCAUCCAAAUUCAAUCGGAAUUCGCGUGCGCAAGCCCAAAUCGGACCACGGUAAUCCAAAGGCCGCGGCGUAGCGGACGCGCGGGCGCUGGUGAUAAAGCGGGGGCUGGGCCUCGACGCCUCUGCUCUGCUCUGCUCUCCUCGCAUAUAGGGUUUAUCUUCUCCCCUCCUCUGCCCCCAUCUCGCUUCUCGCACACGGCAGCCGGAUUCCGAAGCGCACCCCCUCGGCCCCAGCCAAAAGGAGGCGCGCUUGAUUUGGUCGAGUUCUUCCAUAUGUGUGGAUCGAGUGGACUCUAAUCUGCCCAGCUCCAGUGUCAUGUGGGUGGGGAUUGGUUGACCAAUAUUUUCUGCGGUUGAAUCUUAACAAGCUGCAUCGCAGUUUCUAAUCGUUUGGAGAGCACACAAGAAUGUCGUUCGUGCAGCUCUCUGGUGCUGGAGUCGCUGCAGUGGCCUUCACGAACAAGAGCCUAGUCUCUCGGCACGCAGCGCUACGGGUCUGCUCGUCGAGGCGCUCGAUCCGUAGCCUGGUCGUUAAGGCUGCAACUGUCGUCACCCCAAAGUACACUUCACUGAAGCCUCUGGGAGAUAGGGUGCUUGUGAAGCUUGGUGCCGCAGAGGAGAAGACAGUUGGUGGCAUUUUGCUUCCAUCUACUGCCCAGACUAAACCACAAGGAGGUGAGGUUGUUGCUGUUGGAGCAGGAAGGACCAUCGGGGACAAGAAAAUAGCUGUGGAUAUAGAGACUGGAGCACAAGUAGUAUACUCAAAGUAUGCUGGGACUGAGGUUGAAUUCAAUGACUCAAAGCAUCUUAUUCUCAAAGAAGACGAUAUCAUUGGUAUUCUUGAGACAGAUGAUGUGAAGGACAUGAAGCCUCUCAAUGACCGUGUUCUCAUCAAGGUUGCAGAAGCCGAAGACAAAACUCCUGGGGGCCUUAUCCUCACUGAAACAACUAAAGAGAAGCCGUCCAUAGGAACGGUUGUAGCUGUUGGCCCGGGUCCUCUGGACGAGGAAGGCAAGAGACAGCCACUGUCAGUGUCGGCGGGCAGCACAGUGCUGUACUCCAAGUAUGCAGGGAGUGAGUUCAAGGGCGCGGAUGGCACGGCCUACAUUGUGUUGAGAGCGUCGGAUGUGAUGGCUGUCCUGUCUUGAGCAUUUCGUUUCCGGCUCGUUAAUGUAGUUUGCAGCCAAUAGUUGUCAUGUGGUAUGAAACGAUCGCUUUGUGGUGGUCAUCACACCAUGCUGGUGAUCAUCACAACAUAUGCUGAUACUGUUCCGGACAAUCGGCUAGAAUUUGUUGUGUGGCAGGUAUAAACGUCAGCAUCUGAUAGUGAGAGCACUCGGUUACUUCUACAGAUGGUAUUUAAGGGGUGAUAGUCACGCCUCUUUGCUGGAUAAUUUCAUUGGAUUCUGGACUCCUGUUCUGUUACAUCCGUUGGGAUUUGUUUGCUGCCAAACUUUAAACAUUCGUAUAACCAGAAAAGGUUACAUGAAGAAUAUAAGUCUCUAGUUGAUUUUUUU